AUGGAUCAUAGCACUUUGCAGCAGCUUUGUCAAGCAGGUGGCGUUGCUGGUGGCGGGAAACUGGCCGAUCUGCGGCGUGCUUUGGAGAGGCACAUCUGCGGUCAGGCUUGGGCAUUGGAAGCUGAAACGUUUCAGCAGCCUGGUGGAGGAGCUGCCUCCGCCCAACCGGAACUGUCCGAGGAGGAGGCAGUUGCUCGGCAGCUGCGAGAGAAGCUGCAGCGGUUGCGAGAGGAUGGCGCCAUCAGGGGACCGGAGUGGCUGCAAGGAGCUGUUGCGGACAUCCGUCGAGAUGAAUUGCGAGCAAUGGCAAAGGCAGCGGGGUUGCCAGUGAAGUCGAACAGCAAGCGGCUAACGGUGUCAGAACUGCAGGAUGGAGCUGGCUUCCGGUUUCUUUGCAACAGCAUCAUCAAGGAUGCGCAGCGAGGCUCCUCAUGGCAGUUGGCCCCUGCGUUGCUGAGCCGUUGUCGAAACGCCUUUGACGCAGCCAAUUACAACGCGGCCAUCGCCAGCUGUGGCAAGGGGCAAUGGCUCACAGCCUUGGCGUUCUUGCAGCAAAUGCCCAUGUCGAGGGUGGGCUAUACGGAGGUGAGUUUCGGUUGCGCCAUCAGCGCUUUGCACGGUGCUUGGCACAUCUGCUGUGAGCUACUGGGCGCCAUGCGAUCCCAGAUGCUUCAGUUGAACCUCAUCGCCCUGAACGCAGCCUUGUCUGCCUGCAACAACUCGUGGCAAGCGGCCCUGAUGAUUUUGGAUGACAUGGUGGCAGAGGUGCUCUCCCCAGACCGGAUCAGCUUCAGUGCGGUGAUUUCUUGUGCCGGGUGGGCACAGGCCUUGGAACUGUUGCAGCAGAUGACGUCGAUGAAGGUGCUUCCGGACGUCAUUUUGUACAGUUCGAUGAUGACGGCUUGCCAGCGAGGUUCUCAGUGGAUUUCGGCCCUGCAUCUUUUGCAACUGAUGCGCCUUGAGGAGUUACUUCCUGACAUCUUCAGCUUCUCAGCUGCCAUCAGCGCUUUGGCUGACGCAGAGCCUGAAGGGCGUAGUGAUGUGGGGCACUGGCAACGGGCCGUGGCGCUCUUCGACAAGUACGACGUCACCAAAUUUGCAGGCGUUCACCCCGGUGGUACCCAGAUUCUCUUAGAAUAUGCUGGGAAGGACGCCACAGAAGACUUUUAUGCACUGCAUCGACUGGAGGUGCUGGACAAGUACCAGCGCCUGAAGAAGGGACGUUUGGCGGAUGCAAAAGGGCCUGCACCCAAGAAGGCUUCUGAGAUGAUCCAGGAGUUUAGCAAGGUUCCCUUCGCCGAACCUUCGUAUCUCCAGGGCUUCAAGUCGCCAUACUUCAACGAGAGCCACGUGAAACUUCGCCAGGAGGCACGGAAGUUCUUCGCAGGAGAAAGCAUGGAGGAAGCCCUGGAAUGCGAAGCCAAAUCCACGGCGCCCAGUAAGGAAAUGCGGAAGCGCAUGGGCGACCUGGGCCUCAUCGCCAUGGUGCAAGGCCCAGGUCCUCAUUUGAAGAUCCCCUCGAGUCUCUGUGGAGGUGUGGUGAAGCCUGAGGAGUUCACCUACUUCCACGAGAUGGUCGUCCAGGAGGAGCGCUGUCGCACCAUGUGCCCCGGCUACGAGGACGGCUUGGACGGUGCCGUGUCCAUCGGACUGCCGGUGCUGCUGAAAUAUGGCUCGGACUGGAUGAAGAAUGAUGUGGUUCCUCCCAUCAUCAAGGGCGAUCAGACUUGCGUGCUGUCCAUCACUGAAGCGUUCGCGGGCAGUGAUGUGGCGGGCUUGCGCACCACCGCUGUGUUGGACGCCUCCGGAGAGAAUUACAUCGUGAAUGGCACCAAGAAGUGGAUCACGGGUGGAAUGUAUGCGGAUUGGUUCGUGACGGCGGUGCGCACUGGUAAGGCCGGUGCGGGCGGCAUUUCGAUGAUGCUGAUCCCGAGAUCUGAUGCGGUGCAGACGAAGAUCAUGAAGAGCAAAUAUUCCAGCGCAGCGGGGACUGCUUAUGUGACCUAUGAGAACUGCAUUGUGCCCAAGAAGUACCUCAUUGGAACCGAGAACAAAGGCUUCCAGAUCAUCAUGUCCAAUUUCAACCACGAGCGCUGGAUGAUCACCGUGGUGUGCAUCGCUCGCGCACGAAUUUGCACUGAGGAGACCUUCAAGUGGGCCAUGCAGCGAAAGGUCUUCGGAAAGCCCUUGAUCGAACAGCCAGUGAUCCGCGAAAAGCUGGCGCAGAUGUUCGCGGGUGUGGAGACGUGCACCCAGAUGCUCUAUGAUAUCACCUACAACAUGGUCUCCUUCGGCUCCCAGGGCGCAGAGGUCGGCGCACGCAUUGCUUUGCUGAAGUACCAGACCACGCGUAUGAACCACUUGGUUGCUGACAAUGCCGUGCAGGUUUUGGGUGGACGUGGUGUCACCCAGACUGGCAUGGGACGUGUCGUAGAGGUCUUCUCACGCAUGUACAAGAUCCCAGCGGUCUAUGGCGGCAGCGAGGUGGAGCCGAACCCUGUUGCCUGCAGCGCUUUGAUGAACGCUUGCGAUAAGGGAAGGCAGUGGCAGCAGGCUUUGGCACUACUGGAGCAGAUGCCGCAGUUACGGGUGCCCCCUGACAACUUCAGCUACAGCGCCUGCAUCUCCGCCUUGCGCGGCCGCUGGUCGAUGGCCCUGGCACUGCUCACAGCGAAGCGAUGCUCAUCCCUGAGGAGCAACGAGGUGACGUACAACGCGGCCAUCACGGCGUGUGGGGACAGGUGGGACUUGGCGGGGAUGAUCUUCACAGAGAUGUUGGAGACAUCCAUUCGCCCGGGACUGGUGACGCAGAAUGCCUUCCUUAGCGCUUUGGGUUCCGGCUCAGCCUGGGAACAUGCGCUGAGCUUCUUUGGACGAAUCAGAGAUCCUGAUGAAGUGACUUGCUCUGCAGCCAUCAGCGCUUUUGAAGGAGCAGGCCUGUGGAAAGAUGCCUUGUGGCUCCUAUCUUCGAUGCCUCAAAUGGCACUCGAAGUCAGCGGGAUUUGUUACGGAGCCAGCAUCAGCGCCUGUGAGAAAGGAAGUCAGUGGGCCAUGGCUCUGGAACUUUUGGAGCUCGGGGAGAUGGUCCUGGAUGAGACUUCUGUGAACGCCGCCAUCAGCGCAUGUGAAGUUUGCGGUCAACGAAAGCGGGCCUUGUUUCUGCUUCACACUUCGGAAUUGACGCUCUGCCGCCGUUCGGGCACGGCGUUCCUGUGGGCGCUGGCGCGGCUGCAGGUGGACGAUGCGGAGGUGGUCCAUGCGGCCCUUGUGGAGGCCGUUGCUGAGCUCAAGGGCUCCUUGGAUGGCGAGGCACUGACGAGAGGCAUCUCCAGAUUCUGGUGGUCCUUAUCUAUGCUGGGGGCCCGACCCUUGCAGCCCAGCGCCAUCAAAGCGGUCGCCACGGUGCCGCAAUCGUACUGGCAACUUUUCACGCCACAGGAGUUGCUGAUGAGUACCUGGGGUGCCAUCGAUGCUCCCGAGGUUCUUUGGCCGAUCCAGGAAGAAUGGACGCGGCGUUUGGCUGGGAAGGACUUGGCCUUGACAACCUGGCUGAGCCAAAAAGAUUACAUUCUGGGCAGCCUUUGGGCCUGCAGUUUUGCAGGGCAAGUUCGCUCUGACUUUCUGGCAGCUGUCAAGGGCUCCAUGCGCAGUGCUGGACGGCUGUUGGAUGAGGACAACCCUGCUCCAGCGCACUUCGCUGCAGCAACUAGCCCGCGGGAACCCAAGGGGCCGCUGGAAACCAUGGAGACCCCACAGUUGCUGCGGUUUGAGGAGGAGCAGCUACUCAUCUUCAAGCCAACUGGCUGGGAAGUGGAAGAUCCGGAUGGAGAGCAAAGCCUGGGCCGAUUCUUGCUGCAGCACGUGGGGCGCAGGCCCAUCUUUCGCGACCCCAGAGCCACCUUCGGAUUUUUGCAUCGCCUGGACGUUCCCAGCUCAGGCCUCAUUUUGGCAGCUUCCAGCUAUGCCGCCUACUUUGACCUGAGGCUCCAGUUGGCUCAAGGUCUCAUCCUCCGCGAUUACCUGGUGCUCUGCCACGGCUUCCAAUCCGCUCGCAACGCUCGCGUCAUCGCCGCGGCUGUGUCCUGGAACCCGGGGACCAUGGCGCCAAGCCGUGCGGGACGGGGCAAGCCCAGUGGCAGCAGGCUGCAGUGCCUGGGGAUGGGAUGCUUGGUGCGAAAUCAACGGGGAAUGUUUCUUGGGAAAAUCAUCUAUAAAUUUCCGGUGAUGAUUGAUGUUUAUUGGGUGUAA